ACUUCUUCCCCUUCAUCCCCUCCUUCAAUACCACAUCAUCAUCAUCUCUCUUUCAUUUCAUUUCCCUUCAAGCUAGCUUGUACAAUUUCUUUUCUUUUCAUUAUUAAUCAAUCUUAUAUAGUAUACUACUGUUUCAUUUUCCUAGCUAAAACAUACCAACAUGUGUAGUUCUAAGGCUAAAGUCACCACUGGCAUUGAAGUCACACCGGCUGUUGCUAAAAUUAAUGGCAGGCCGGUUCUUCAACCUACCUGCAACCGUGUUCCUAACCUAGAACGCCGUAAUUCGUUGAAGAAAUUAUCAACAAAACCUUCUUCUCUUCCACCCCCACCACCAUUGCCAACUUUUGUUUCUAAGACUUCUCUCACUCCUCCUAUUUCUCCCAAGUCAAAGUCACCUAGGCCACCAGCCAUUAAGCGAGCUGGUAGUGACAACAAUGGGCUGAAUUCGAGCUCCGAAAAAGUUGUUAUUCCUAGAAACACCAUCAAGACUUUAGAGAGAAAGAAGUCUAAAAGUUUUAAGGAAGGUGGUCUUGGUCUUGGCAAUAAUAAUAUAGAGGCUUCCUUGAGUUAUUCUUCUUCUUUGAUUGUUGAGUCACCAGGAAGCAUUGCUGCUGUGAGGAGGGAACAAAUGGCUCUUCAACAUGCUCAACGUAAGAUGAGAAUUGCUCAUUAUGGAAGAUCAAAGUCUGCCAAAUUUGAAGCCAAAAUUGUUCCUAUUGAUAAUUCUAGCAGCACCACCGCAACAAAAGCUACUGAGGAAGAGAGGAGAUGCAGCUUUAUCACUCCAAAUUCAGAUCCCAUCUAUGUGGCUUACCAUGAUGAAGAAUGGGGAGUUCCAGUCCAUGAUGAUAAUAUGUUGUUUGAAUUGCUUGUGCUGAGUGGUGCUCAAGUUGGCUCUGAUUGGACUUCAAUCUUGAAGAGACGACAAGAUUUCGGGGAUGCAUUUUCAGGUUUUGAUGCAGAAACAGUGGCCAACUUGACUGACAAACAAAUGAUGUCAAUUAGUACACAAUAUGCCAUUGAUAUGAGCCGGGUUAGAGGGGUUGUCGACAACGCUAUCCGGAUUCUUGAGAUUAAAAAGGAGUUUGGAUCAUUAGAGAAAUACAUAUGGGGAUUUGUUAACCACAAGGCUAUCAACACACAGUACAAAUUUGGCCACAAAAUUCCGGUGAAGACAUCAAAAUCAGAAAGCAUAAGUAAGGACAUGGUUAGGAGAGGUCUGAGGUUCGUGGGUCCAACAGUGGUCCAUUCAUUCAUGCAAGCCGCCGGCCUAACCAACGACCACUUAAUCACCUGCCACAGGCACCUGCCAUGCACCUUAUUAGCCGCUCGCCGCCGCCCCAUAAGCAAUGCUACUAAUCAAGAACCAACCACUGAUGAUCAUCAAUUAUAGACUGAUCUAAUAUAUUCCUUUUCUAACUAUAUAUAUAUAUGUUUUACUUUGAAUGGUUUGUGUAACAUAUGGGAUAUAUAGGGAAAAUUAAAAACUAAAGGGGGGUUGUGACUUUUAGUUUGAGUUUAUGAGAAGUUUUAAUCAGUCUGAUACUUUUGAAUGAGUAGUGUGAGUGUGUUGAAAAUAGGAAAAAGAAAGAAAAGAACAGGAAAAAAAGGGAGUUUGGGAUAAGUGUUUUGGUGGAGGAGACAGAUGAGAGCAUGUGGAAAUGGGAGCAAAUGCAUGUGUGGUGUGUCAGUUACUUUUUAAAUUCCAUGUGAGAAUCGAUCACACUUGAAUUAUUUGAUCAGUUUGCUUUCCUUUAACAGGCUGUGUUGUUAUAGAAGGAGCGUCUGUGUAGACCCACCAUCCAUAUUUCUGCCUUACCUAUACUUCUCUUCUCUCUUUUGCUUUUGGGAGUUUUGAGUUGUAAUUUAUAAUUAUCGUGUAUUGUAUUUGCUAACCCUUCUGGCUUUGGGUGAAUAUUAGCAGAAAACCCAAUAAUAUGUAUCUUGGAUUUGGUGUGGAAUGAUUAUAAAUCAUGUUUGAAACAUU